AUGCGGACAUUUAUUACUGCCCUUUUAACUUUGGCGAUAGGGGCUUCAGCUACCCCAUCCAGACGGGGUGAUUCCGGGCUACCCAAAGCGCAUGUCAAGAACGGAACAUACGAAGGGGUGUAUUCACCUGAGUACGACCAAGAUUUCUUUUUAGGAGUUCCCUUCGCGCAACCGCCUGUGGAUAACCUCAGAUUUCAGUUACCCCAGUCCUUGAACUCAACAUGGGAGGGCAGUAGGGAUGCGAAAGAUUACUCCCUCCUUUGCGCUGGAUAUGGGCUCGACCAAACAUUUUAUAACCAAUCCGAGGACUGUCUCUAUCUGAAUGUUGUUCGCCCCGCCGGUUUCGAGCAGAAACAGCUUCCAGUAGGCUUCUGGAUUCACGGUGGAGGGUUUGUCAAUGGUGGCGGCGGUGACCAGCGUUACAAUCUUUCAUUUAUCGUGGAGCAGUCAGUCAAAAUAGGAAAACCGAUCGUUGGUGUCUCAGUCAAUUAUAGACUCAGUGCGUGGGGAUUCCUCCAUUCUAAUGAAGUCGUGGGAGAAGGCAUCACAAACCUGGGUCUUAGAGAUCAGCGUAUUGCUCUGCACUGGGUUCAGGAGAAUAUCGCAGCCUUUAGGGGAGAUCCUAGAAAGGUGACAAUAUUUGGCGAAUCUGCCGGUGCUGCCUCCGUUGGCUUCCAAGUCCAAUGCCUGCGCGAGGUUCCUUUCUUGAAACUGAAUGCUACGAUAGGCAAACAUAGCGAAACUGGGAGUUUUGCACCUACAAUAGACGGUGACUUUGUCCGAAACUAUGGCAGUCAGCAACUUAAGGAAGGGCAAUUCGUCAAAGUGCCCAUCAUUACUGGUGCAAACAGCGAUGAAGGCGCCUCCCUUGGCCCAACUGGAAUCAACACUACCGAGGACUUUAAAGUUACAUUAUCCAAAUUUCUACCUCUUUCAUUUCAGGAUGCCAUCCUCGAGGCAUACACAGACGAUCUAUCCGUCAACGUCGUUGCCAGCCUAGGCGACCAGCGCCCAGCACCACCUUACGGUGCGCAGUUCCGUCGAAGCGCCUCAUUCUGGGGCGACUACUACUUCAUCGCGUCGAGACGAGAGACGUCCAGGACAUGGGCCUCCCAUGGACUCCCCGCAUACGCGUACAGAUUCAAUGCCCUACCAGCCGGUGUUCCCCCCGAGGUUGGGGCCGGCCACUUUAAAGAGGUCAGCUUCAUGUUCAACAACCUCGAGGGCGUAGGCUACAGACCAGAUAUCCUGCCGUUUGAGGGUAAGGGCCAGAGCUACAUUGACCUUGCCGAUUUGAUGAGUUCUUCUUGGGCGAGCUUCAUCUAUGACCUGGAUCCUAAUAAGUAUAACGGGCGGGAUGACAAGAUUCCCAAGUGGCCAAAAUACGACCUGGAAGACCCGCAAGACUUUGUUUUUGAUGCCAAUGUGACUAGCCACGCGGAACCGGACACGUUUCGGGAGAAGGGGAUUGCGUUGAUUAAUGAUAAUGCACUUGGUGUGUUGCAUAGAUAG